GGUGUCUCUUUCGUCAGGUAAAAAUUUCCUGCGCUCGGUCUUUCUGAACAGAAGUCGAGAAGUUGAGAAGCGGAGGAUAUCCGCGUAAUUGAAUAUCGAGUGACGUGCGUACUUUGAUAAUUAAGGAUAGGAGUAUUUUAUUAUCAUUUUCAGCAGCCUUUUUAUCGCGACCCUCUAUUAAUGUAUUGACAAAUAUUUAUCGGUUUUGUUCAUUGCUCAUUAUUACAUCGAUUGAAGUUAUCGAGCCUCGAGAACAUCGCAGACAGUCCAGGUCGGCCGUCCGGUUCGCGCCGCCUUCCCGUUUACUUAGGAUUAUCAAACGCAAUUUCGACGCAAUCGCUUUCUCUCAAUGCCAGCCAGCGCUGACUAAGUAAGCGUGCCACGGCCAUCUAACGUCGUCCGAUCAAGCGCACGCUUCUGUGCGUGAGCUCCGAGAUAUCCGAGGGAGAGCCGCGGAAGGCGGCUCUCCGCUCCGCUCGACAUCACCUGUCGCGUGGGUGAGCCAGUUCAACGAUUUUCCAAGUCGGCGUGGCGGUGCGAUCCGCCGACCUACUUUGAAGGUGUCUGUUCUUUUCUGAACUUGCACGGUUUAUUUUUCCUCUUUUUCUUCCCAGAGAGAAAGAGAAAUAGAGAGAGAGAGAGAGAGAGAGAGAGAGAGAGAGAGAGAGAGAGAGAGAGAGAGAGAGAGAGAGCGAGACAAAUAGAUCUUUUCUUUCCAGCUUUUUUGUAUCUUUUGAGAGAGAAAAAAUAAACUGUGGAAGAAGUUCAGCUUCAAAACACAAACCAAAGCUCCAAACUGCCGAUUGGAAGCGCGGCGUGUGAAGGUCUUGUCGGCCGACAUUUAGUUGGAUGUGCGCAAAUAUAAGCGUGAAAUCCUUCGCAAAGUCCUUCGUCAUUGGCACGAGCUGCGAUGAGGGCCAUCGUUUUCUGUUCGUUCCUCCUGAUGUCGGUGUCGAUCGCCGAAUCAGUCAACAACUGCGAGGAUCCCAAUUUUCAUUCUCUGGAGACACAGGAGUCGUCCCGACUGGAGUGCGGCGAGGCCUUCAAGAACCGCUGUCAUUGCCUCCGAACGUGCUAUGACGGCCAGCAUCAGUAUGUCGUAAAUUGCACGGGUACCGGAUUCCAAGACACGUCCCCGUUGGCGCAUCUGCCUAAUGAGACGCAAGUGCUCAUCUUCACGGGGAACGAGCUAGAGGAGCUGCCCUGGAAUGUGUUCGGCACCUUAGAUAGCUUGCCAUAUCUGAAGGUGAUCGACAUGUCGAACAACAAGAUACGCGAGAUACGCGGUAAGGCAUAUCACCACGUGCAACACGUGGAGCGCCUUAUACUCGAUUUCAACGAGCUCUCGUUAGACCCCGCGAGAAGUCAUCCGAGGGUGUUCUCCAAUUUCAUCUCCCUCUUGGAGCUGCAUCUGACAGACGCUUUUGAGGACGGUCCACCGAGGAAUCUGGCGUCGACACUCCACGACAUCUUUGUGAACAGCAACCUCACGCAAUUGAUAAAGCUCCACCUUGAACAGAAUGAGAUCUCAGAGUUUCGAGAUGCUAAAGUAUUCUGCGAUCUACCGAAUCUCCUCGAUCUUCAUCUUGGCGAUAAUGAUUUGAACGCGUUGCACUUCAACCUGUCGUGCCUGCGGCAUCUGCGCUUUCUGGACCUUCGGCGAAACAAGUUCACGAGGGUUCUCGAUCGCGAUCUUCAUACCAUGGACAAUCUCGCUAAGCACGAUCGGUCCGUAACCGUGGACUUUUCCGACAAUCCUUUCGAAUGCUCCUGCAAGCUCAAUCCGUUCAUCAAGUGGAUGAAGAAGACGAAAGUGUUCAUUCGAAAUAAGAAUAACUUAAAAUGCUACGAAGGUAAUUUACAGCAUAAUUUUCAUGAGACGAAGAAUUGUGCUUCGAAGUUAUUAACUUCCACCAGGCAAGGAACAACGGUGAUACUUUGCUUCCUCUCGAUAGUGCUAGUCGCUCUGGUGUGCGCUUUGGUUUACUUACAAAGGGCAAAACUUCAAAAGAAAAUCGAGCCCGUGCUCGACUCAGUCAGCAAAAGAGUGCGAUAUACUUCAAUAGCAAAUGGUGAUACCCGUGAAGACGUGUGAUCGAAGAAAAAGAGAAAAAAUUGUAUUCUAGCAAGCGAAAAGUUUUUGCUUUUGUAAGAAGGACAGAAGAUUUGUACGAUUAAAUUGGAGGCAAAA